AUGAACAGCGACGACGUCGCCAAGCACUUCGACGUGCAAUCUGGCCGCGCGGAUUUGUCUGAGAUCUUCCAAACCGUCGAGUCGGGGGCUCAGGGGUCAGUGGCCGUGUACGUCUGCGGCCCCAAGAGCUUGAUUCGAUCUGUGGACGCAAACGCCCACGGCAAAUUUCAAGUGCACCACGAAGACUUUGAAAUGUAG